AUGGAGACGCCGAGGCAAGUGUGCUGUUGCGGACCGGGCAAGAAGCGCUAUCUCAUCGCUCUGCUCUGCUCUCUCUGCCUGACGGUGGUGAUCGGAAUGCGAUCCGAGAUGAUCGGAAUCCUCAACGCGCUCAACGACUCGUUCGACAGUCCAGACAGCCAGACGACGGAAGGCGAGGUCGACGCCAUCCGGAUCCAGGAUCAUCUGCAGCCUCAGAACGCCGGCUCGGAGUCGCAAUCGCCGUCGAACCAAACUAGAAAUGCCUCUUACAGAAGAUCCGUCACUCGAACACACUCCAAGUCGUCGUUGGGCGGAAUGGCUGCUCCGACAAAUCGGAGACAAUCCUCUUUAAUGGGUCAAUUCGUUCCGACCGACCUCGAUGCCUAUUCUUCGUCGAACUUUCCAAAGUCCAGCCAGCAGACUUUAGUAUCUUCCAAGCCGGCCAAACUGAGCUUCAGACCGGGCAGGCAUCGCAAGCUGCCCUGGACCGAGGGCAUCACGGAAGAUCUCAUCGAGAAUGCCGUCUUCUUCGCCUAUCUCAUCGCCAGCCCGAUCGGCGGCUAUUUGACCGUGAAACAUGACUCUUCACUGCUGCUCGGAUGCUCCGUGGCGAUGACCUGUGGCAUGAACCUCUUUCUGCCGCUGGUGGAAACGAUCGGAAAAAAUCUUCCCGUCAAAAUCACCAUCAUUGUACUUCUUCGUCUUCUGCAAGGUCUGGCAGAGGGUUGUCUGAUUCCUGCCGUCUUUGGGGUUCUCCGAUUCUGGGGACCGGAGAACGAACGAUCAACUUUGGUGUGUCUUGCCGUGAUCGGAGUUUCGCUGGGUCCACUCAUCGGUUUGCCCGUAUGCACGUUGAUUGAGAAAAAGUUGGGCUGGGGUGUCGUGUUUUACAUUUACGCCAACCUCGGUCUUAUUUGGUGCAUAUUUUGGUGGCGUUUGAUUGACGAAAAGCCGAGUAAAGACAAAUCUCUUUCACAAAUCGAGCGGGACUACUUAGAUACUCAUCUUUCCAGCAGAAUUCUGAAUUCGCGCAGGACAAAUGUGAUACCGUGGAAGGCAAUAUUCACAUCACGUCCAAUAUUUGCCAUUUUUUUCACAUACGCAGCAGACGAUUGGACGUUCCAGAUUUCCUCUGUGUGCAUGCAGUCAUUUUAUCGGCAGUUGUAUGAUGCAGACGUUGAUCGAACCAUAUUUUUGCUCUCCUUUCCGUUUCUAUCCAGGUCAAUUUUUGUGCCAGUUGGUAAGUAUUUCAUAAAACAUCAUCAACUCAAGAGAUCGUCAUAUACAAAAUCUCAAAUUGUUAUUUUUAUUGAUUCGAAAAACAGCUUUGUAGGUUGA